AUGGAAGAGGCCCCCUCAACACCUACUGCACCCGCUGGCGUGGGCCAGCAGAAGCGACCCCGCGUUUCGGAGGAGAACCGCAAAAGAGCGGUGCGAGCCUGCGAUGGCUGCCGUCGCGUAAAGGAGAAAUGCGAGGGAGGCGUACCGUGUCGUCGGUGCCUCCGUUAUCGCCGCCAAUGCGUCUUCACCCACCCCGACCACGCAGAGAAGCUUGCGCGUUCGUCGUCUGUCUCACUUCUCGAACGAACCGCCGCACGAAGCCGCCAUGACAUGCUCGAGUCGGAGCGUGUCCGGUGCAUGGAACGCAUAUUGCAACACUAUGUCCCGAAUAUCUCGUUCGAUAUCCAGUCGCUCCGGAAGACGGCCGAGGAAUUGAAGAGUAAACAUCGGGGAUCGGACUCUGAGGGCGGUCCGUCGAUUUUGUUGGACAGUGAGGAUAUGGAGGAUCUGGCGAUUGAUGAUGAGGACUUUACGAUUAAGGCGUUGACGGAUAAUACGACGCAAUACUCCGGCGAAUUCUCAUAUCUGAAUUUCUCAAUGAAGAUCAGGAAGAAGAUUGAUGAGUGGAUGAAAGCAGAGACGCCCGAGGCCUCAACCGAAGCAGAGCCAUUCGAGGAACGAUGGCGCGCCACGCAACUGCAGUCAAGCUCGGCCGUGGUAUCCGCAUCAGUCACCUGUCUACCGCCACGAUUUGUUGCAGACUUUCUUGUGCAGAUGUUCUUCAAGUACGCGCAAACCAACAACUUCUACGUGGAAGAGGACUGGCUCAAAGAUAAACUCAACACCUGUUAUACGAACCCCGGGAGCCUCUCGAGCAACGAUGCCGGCGCGGUAUGCUCUAUCCUGAUGGUUCUUGCCGUUGGAACACAAUUCGCGCACAUGGAGUCGGCUACACCUGUGAACCGUCUAUCUUCUAACACCUCCGAUACCGACGACCACGGCUUCUCGGAGGAUGAAGUUGGCUUGACGUUUUACCAGUUUGCUUCUAAGCUGUUACCAGAUAUCAUUGCCUCGGCUUCUAUCCGAAGCGUACAGGCUUGUCUGUUGAUUGGAACAUAUUUACUACCGCUGGAUACAUCUGGGCUCUGCUAUACCUAUUUUGGCCUUGCCUUGAAGAUGGCGAUACAGAAUGGCAUGCAUAGGAAGUAUUGUGGUGAGGGACUUCCAGCACAUAUGAUCGAGAUCCGCAAUAGGGUAUUUUGGACGGCAUACACGAUUGAAAAGCGGGUUAGUAUACUGCAUGGAAGGCCAGUGUCUCUCCAAGAUACAGAUGUUGAUGCCGCCCUGCCUGUUGACUUCCCUGGCCUGAUGCCGCGAGGGCAAGUCUCGAAUCAUACAAACAUGAUCGCGCUGAUUACUUUGACCUUGAAACUCGGCGAGACCGCCAAUGAGAUAUCCAACCUCCGAAAGUCUCGCAAGCAUCAACAACAGGAUUGCCUUGAAAGGCUACUAAAUAUACGAAAACACUUGGUCGACUGGUGGAAUACGUUGCCGGAAGAAACGGACUGUCGUGAUCUGCACCCGGGAGGACCGCUUUUCCGACCUAAUCUGCAUUUGAAGCUUGAUUACUGUCUGACUAGGAUCUUCCUGGGCCGGCCGUUCCUCUUUAGUAGUGUGAAGGGCUUCUCUUCGAGCGCUACCCAGAUAUCCCCGGUCAAAACACCAUCGGGUGUGUCCAAGAACAGGUCAACGCUCGUCACAGACUGCGUGGAAGCCGCGCUAGAAAUCAUCGACCUCUGCCGAUUACUCCGCGACGAAACCGGCCUCGCUCGUGCUUCGUUUACAGAAUUCAGCUCCUGCCGCGCCGCCCUCCUCGUCAUCCUCGCGCAAAGCCUAACGAAGCGCACCGAAAGACUCCGCGAAGCCCUCCAGAAAGGCAUGGCCCUGAUCAAAAUCAUGUCAAUGGGCGUCGGUUCCGCACGAUCCGCCGUGAGCGUCAUCGAAGCCCUCGAGCGAGCCAUCUCCCGCCUCGAAGAAUACACCUCACAAGCCGGCGGCCACUCGGGCACAAUGGAAUCCGCAUACGACCGCUUCAAGAACUGGGAGAUGCUCUGGAAAACGGGACCCAUGUCCCCCGAGACUCUUCCCUUCCAAGAGCCCUACUCAACUACCGGGCCAAAUGGCGUGCAGACCCUGGGUGCUGCGCCCGCCACCGCUGCAGGUCCCUCAAGUGAUACCCGGCAACACCAUAUGCACGGCAUGGGUGUGUCGAAUCCGGAUAUGACUUCACCCUCGGAUCUCUUUACGCCUCAUUCUUUCCCACAGGUGUCGCAUAUUGGCUUCGAUCAUUUCGUGUCGAAUCUCCCGCAGGAGCUUGGUGAAUUCACGGCUAUUCCGUGCUUUGAUCCGGAUCCGCAGCAGGGGCUCCCUGGGGAGCUGAAGCCGUCGGAUCGAUGGAUGCAGUUUUGA